AUGUACGAGAUGGAAACAUUCCGUGAGCGGACGUUGGCAAAUCGCUAUCAACCGCGCCAACAUCUGCCGCUGAACUUCCCCGGUGUUCUCAAGGAAUACGCUCGUGAGGUGCUUCGUGCUCAACCUGAAGAUGUGCUGCAGUGGAGCGCUAAUUACUUCAAGCGGCUGGCGCUGGAGACGGACCCGCUGCAGGCCCAGCAGCCUUCCCCCGGCGACUUUUCUCCUGUGGUGGAAGGCGAGGAGCGUGAGGCGGUGGCUCAGCGUUUGCUGAAGAUGUUUGCCGAGCUUGAUAUCGAUGCAUCUGGUGUUCUGCCCAUGCAAACUAUAAAGCAGGCUCUUCUGGAGACGUGUAAGCUUGCCCCCUCGCAGGCGCUAUACGUCUUGACGUCCACGUCGCUAGCGGAGAACGACCCCGUAGACUACACGGCAUUUGCUAAGGAGUCUUGUGGUGCGGUACUUUUCUUUGAGCAGACACAUCACGAGUUUGAGGUAACCAACGUUGAGAACGCCACCGUCCAUGGCUUGUCGAGGCGGGACGUGGAGCAAGAGUUUCUGCGCCUCUUGCGAUACGCUGACGAGGAGGCCACGGGCCUGUUUUCUCUUGACCACUACUUCAACGUUCUCGCCAACGCCCCGUACCAUCUCACACGUCGCGACCUGCGACUUCUUCGCAUUGAGGCGGCGCGAAACAGUGAGAAUGCGGUAGAUUACGAAGCGGAACUUGCAUACAUGUUUGACCGGCUUUUGCUAGCUGAGCAGUUUUCCCGUUUUGACGAGGAUGAGUGA